AAGUCUUCCGGGCGGAAACAGUUACUGAGAAGCUACACGCAGAAGAGGUCGCAGUAAACACACAGACACACACACACACAUAGUGCAUUAAUGCACUGACUAUAUUUCUAAAGUUAUUUAAAAGUGGAAGAAGAGGUUUCUCCACAUGCUGCUGUGCCGUGUUUCCGCUUUAGCGAGGCGGGGACUGGGUGUGCGGGGAGUCGCCGCGCUCCGGCCCGCUCUCUCCUUCAGUUCCGCCGGGGACGCAGCGGCCGCUCCCAGGGCCGGAGCUCACACUAAGGGGGAGUACAGACACACCGUGCUGCUGCCCCGCACAGACUUCCCCAUGAAGCUCAGCGGACACAAACUGCUGGAUCUCGAGCUGCGGAUACAGCGGGAGUGUGGUUUUGAUCAGCUGUACACGUGGCAGAGGGAGAGAAAAGCCAAGAAGGAGUUUUGCCUCCAUGACGGCCCGCCCUACGCCAAUGGAGACGCCCACGUUGGCCACGCCCUCAACAAGAUCCUGAAAGAUAUCCAUAAUCGGUUUGAGAUGCUGCGAGGGAAGAAAGUGAACUACGUACCUGGCUGGGACUGCCACGGUCUUCCCAUCGAGCUCAAAGCCCUGGGAGAGCUCAACACCACACACCUGAGUCCCCUCCAGAUCAGACAGAAAGCUCGGGAGUUUGCAGAAUCUGCGAUCACGAGUCAGCGUGCAGCGUUCCAGCGCUGGGGCAUCAUGGCCGACUGGGAGAACUGUUACUACACGUUUAACGGGCCGUACGAGGCGGCGCAGCUCCGCGUCUUCCAGGACAUGCACAGCAAGGGUUUGAUUUAUCAGGACUAUAAACCCGUCUUCUGGUCUCCGUCAUCCAGGACAGCGUUAGCAGAAGCAGAGCUGGAGUAUAACUCCGAGCAUGUGAGCACAGCAGUGUACGCUACGUUCCCUCUGAACACACUCCCGCCUAAACUAGCGGAGAGCCUCGGUGAGGUGGGUAAAGUGUGUGUGCUGGUGUGGACGACACAACCGUGGACAAUUCCGGCUAACCAGGCAGUGUGCUUCAUGCCCAAGGCACAGUACUCUUUAGUGAAGCGCAGUGAUAACGAGCAGCUCCUCCUGGUGGCCACUGAGCGCAUUGCAAACCUCAGCACUAUACUGAACACUGAACUUCAAAACCUGGCCACAUUCACAGGCUCUGAUCUGGAGGGUGGAGUCUGCCAACAUCCCACAAUUCCUGGAAAGGAGGUGCCCCUGUUACCGGCCAAUCACGUGACCAUGGCUAAAGGAACCGGAUUGGUCCAUACGGCUCCCGCUCACGGCAUGGAGGACUACAGCGUGGCCACUCACUUUAACCUGCCUGUGGAGUGCAUGGUGGAUGAGGAGGGCAGGUUUACAGAGGUGGCUGGUGCUGAUCUACAGGGGCAGAGUGUGCUGGAGGAGGGAACCUCUACAGUGAUCUCCAUGCUGCGUGCUGCUGGAGCGUUGGUGAAGGAGGAGCAGUGUGUGCACAGUUACCCGUACGACUGGCGCAGUAAGAAGCCGGUGGUGAUCCGAGCCAGCAAGCAGUGGUUCAUAAACACAGCUAGCCUGAAAGACAUGGCUAAGGAGGUGCUGCAGAAGGUGCGUGUGAUGCCCGAGUCGGCCAGGGCGAGUCUCUUGGCGAUGCUGGACAGACGGACGUACUGGUGUAUCUCGCGUCAGAGGAGCUGGGGCGUCCCGAUCCCCGUCUUCUACCACAAACAGACCGGGGAACCUCUCAUCAACAAGCACACGGUGGCUCAUAUAGCCAACGUGUUUGCAGAGAAAGGAAGUGACAGCUGGUGGGCGGAGCCUCUGGAAACACUACUUCCUCCUGAUGUACUGAAGAAGAGUAAAGCUGGAGCCGUGACGGAGUACGUGCGUGGUGAGGACGUGUUGGACAUCUGGUUUGACAGUGGGACGUCCUGGGCUGCUGUGCUACAGCCGGGUGAGGAAGACAGCGACAGAGCCAAAAGAGGCUGGUUAAGCAUACAAGAGGCGGACCCGAGGGCAGACGUGUACGUAGAGGGGAAGGAUCAGAUCGGCGGCUGGUUCCAGUCGUCUCUGCUGACUAGCGUGGCUGUGCGCAACAAAGCACCUUAUAAGGCGUUGGUGGUCCAUGGAUUUGUGAUCAGUGAGAACGGAGAGAAAAUGUCCAAGUCCCUGGGCAACGUUGUCGAUCCCAAUGUUGUCAUUAAUGGAGGAACGGAUUCGGCCGUUUCUCCUCCGUACGGUGCAGAUGUGUUGAGGUGGUGGGUCGCAGAAUCCAACGUUUUCUCCGAGGUCCAGAUUGGACCCAAAGCACUGAACGCAGCCAGGGAGAGCAUCAACAAGCUGAGGAACACUCUGAAGUUCUUGCUGGGGAACCUGCAGGGUUUUGACCCUCGCAGUCACACUGUGGACCCCAAAGACAUGCACUACAUCGACCAGUACUUACUGCACCUGCUCCGAGAGUACAGCAUCAAGGUAACCGACGCCUACAGUGAGUUUGACUGCGGUCGAGUGAUUCGCCUUCUGCAGGCCUUCAUCACCAGAGACCUGAGCAGCUUCUACUUCAGCAUCAUCAAAGACAGGCUGUACUGUGAUGCGGAGAACUCAUUGGGAAGGAGGUCGUGUCAGACGGUUCUUGAGGAGGUUUUAGAUGGUGUGACGCGCUCCAUCGCUCCUAUCCUGCCUCAUCUGGCUGAGGAGGUGUACCAGCAUGCACCAGGGCACGACGAAGGCGAGACUCUGUUCCGGAGCGGCUGGAUUAAAAGCAGCUCUGUGUGGCGGAAACCUGGAUUGGAGGAGGCUGUUGAGGGGGCGUGUGCCAUCAGAGACUCCUUCCUGUCCUCCAUCCCAGGAUGCAAUGCAGCCGAGUACGACCUGACCAUCGCCAUCGAGCCUGGCCUCUUCUUUGAGCUCAUGGAGUCCCUGCAGGAGGAACCGACCUCUACGUGUUCCCAGCUGACGGAGUUGAUGAUGGCGUCGCGCACCACGCUGACCAGCGCUCUGCCCCGAGACCUGCCUUCUGACGCCGUCAUCAGCAACGGGACCUUCCUCAUCAACCUGGAGGGUGGCGUUAUCCGUGAAGAGAGUGCGUAUUCUGUAGCCGCGGUUCCCAUCUCUCUGUCCCGCUGCCCUCGGUGUCGCCGCUACACCUCGGACAAGCCCGACUGCCUGUGCUCGCGGUGCCAAACUGUCAUCGGGAACGCCCAAUAAAACCUGCGAUGGCUGCACUUUCCCGGCUCCGCCCUCUCUGCCCAAUCUAUACGAAGCUGCAGAACGCUCCUUACCCAUAAUUCCUGAUGCUGAGCGGAACCUGAAUGCAGUGUGUGUGUGUGUGUGUUUGAGUAAUGCAGGCUUUGUGUCCAGCGACUGACACAGUAUAUGCAACAGAUAGGUUAAAGAAGCGGUUUGUUAUGUUAGCGCCCUCUUUACCCCUUUGAAGGAAAUCACAAAUGUAAUGAAGUAUCUAAUUGCGAAUCAGAUCUGUUCUAAAGUGUCCUUGAAAUUCUGCGUAACGCAUCUAUAAACUGUACAGACUGCACCUUUAAUUAAUAACGUUUAAAGAGUACGCAUGAAAUCCGGCAUUACUCAAACUCACCCGUGGUUCUGAUAAAAUCUUCCCACUCAACUGGGAUUUAUUUUGGAGAGGAAAAAAAAAACAAAAAAAAAACAAGGGCACUAAGGAUCAGUAAGGAUCAGUUUUAGGCCUAAUGUGUGUUUAUUUAUGUUUGUUUGUUAAUGUAUGUGUGUGUAUGAGAGGCAGAAAGAUAAUGUAAGAGCUUGUAGUAAAAAAUUAAUGGGACAUUUUUAUUUUUAUUUACAUUAUUAUAUCUAAAUAUGUGGCUUUAGGUGGGGGAGAAAGUGAUAGAACACUCUAUGAGCUGAGCUCUUCCACUGUUUACCUGUAAAUGACAACCUCCUUUGUACUGAAUGAUUGCGUUUCCUUGUAAACAAAUCGAAUUAAAUAAAAAGGCAAAAAGAAA